UACCUUCACCACUUCUACCACUCCAUCUUCCAACUUCUUCUCUAAUCAUUCAUUCACAUCAUCAUAUAAAUAUCUCUCUCCCAAUUUCUUCAACAUUUCAACAAUAUGUCAAACAAUAAUUCUCCUCUUCCUUAUCUCCUCCUCAUAAUCACACUUUCUUGUUCCUUCAAUUUCUCAACUGCAAAAUCAACCUCAUACAAUGUAAUCCAAUUCGGAGCCAAACCAGACGGAACAACCGAUUCCACUAAAGCGUUCCUUAAUGCAUGGACUAAGGCAUGUUCGUCACCAUAUCCCGCAGCAAUUUACGUUCCACAAGGAAAAUUCUUACUUGGAACUAUAACAUUUACCGGAAAUUGUGCUAACAAAGCUAUUUCUAUAACCAUUGAUGGUACUUUGAUCGCCUCAUCUAAUUACCGUGUCGCCGGUAAAGGCGGUACAUGGUUGAGGUUUCAGCAUGUCGACGGAGUUUCGAUUCGCGGCGGUGUGCUUGAUGGCCAGGGCUCUGCCUUAUGGAACUGUAAAAAUUCUAAAAAAAAGAAUUGCCCAACCGGAGCCACGACAUUGGAAUUUAUCAGUUCAAAAAACAUUAUGCUAAGUGGAUUGACAUCGAUAAAUAGUCAAAUGUUCCACAUAGUUUUCAAUGGAUGUCAAUAUGUAAAAACACAAGAUGUAAAAAUUGUGGCUGCUGGAAACAGUCCUAACACCGACGGCAUCCAUGUCCAAUUGUCUUCCCAUGUCACCAUCGUCAAUUCUAAAAUACGCACCGGCGAUGAUUGUAUCUCGAUCGGACCUGGCACCAAUAAUCUGUGGAUUGAAAAGAUUGAAUGUGGACCGGGACACGGAAUAAGCAUUGGAAGCUUAGGAUGGGAAUUGAACGAACCUGGUGUACAAAAUGUGACAGUUAAAACAGUUACAUUCACAGGAACUCAAAAUGGUGUUAGAAUAAAAUCAUGGGGUAGAGCUAGCAAUGGAUUUGUUAGGAACAUUUUUUUCCAAGAUGCAACUAUGGUUAAUGUCCAAAAUCCAAUUGUCAUUGAUCAGAAUUACUGCCCAGACAACAAAAACUGUCCCGGUCAGGCCUCUGGAAUUAAAAUCAGUGAUGUAACAUACCAAGAUAUUCAUGGAACAUCAGCAACACAAGUAGCUGUGAAAUUUGAUUGUAGUUCAAAGUAUCCAUGCAAAGGGAUAAAAUUGAAGGAUGUAAAACUUACAUACAAAAACCAAGUAGCUGAAGCAUCUUGUAACCAUGCUGGUGGAGCUGCAUUGGGUUUAGUUCAACCACAGAGUUGCUUAUAAAAUAUAAAUUUGCUAGAAAGAUUCUUGAUAUAUAGAUAAUGAGUUCAUACUAAUUACAUGUAAUCUGAGAAGUUACUAGUUUUUGGUUCAUUGCUUGAUCUGAGGUGUUUGUGGCCCAUUGGGCCGGUGGAACCUGGUCUUGUAAUUGUUAUGGACAAUAUAGUAAGUCCAAUUUUCUAUUACAUGAUUGUAUUUCUAGUAUACAAAUUUUUUACACAUAUUUGUAACAAGGAAAAC